GGCGUUUCGGGAGAAGGGGAAGCUGUAGAAUUUGAAAAUGGUUUUCAAUGCAUUUUAGACCUUUUCGAGUUACAAAUUUAGAGAGUAUAAUUCCCUGCAGUAGUUCUUCGUAAGGAGGAUCGUGGUUCAUAUGGUUAAACAAUUGUACUUGACACGAUUGGUCUGUUUUUGCUCAACAACUCAAGGCGUCAAAACUUGAACGAGUCGCAGUCGUGAGGUGCUUUCUUGAAUUACGCAGCGUGGCGAAAUUGAUGAUAACAACUCCGCUUCUGUUUGAGUACAAGGUCGACGCUGUUCAAAAGGACUUACCUUUAUGAAACAAUAAUAACUUUAUUUCGAAGAGGAGAGGAAAAAAACAACGAGUCCGAAAAGCAACUUUUGGUAGUUUUUCUUUGUUUACAAAUAUUACGUUGUACGGAAUGUUAGAACUUUAGACUCGUGAGGACACAAAACUAUAUUCUGGAUUGGAUGAUCUCAGUUUAGGGUGAAUCAUUGUACGAGGAAGAAAUGUCGACACGGAAAUAUUGCACGAGCCAAGACCAGGGACUAUCGCGACAAAGUACGAAGACGUACAAGGCAGUUCGACAAAAAUCAAACGCUGAGCUUAGUGAGAAACUUCGCCGCUUAGACAAGGAACACUACACGACUAUCUCGAAACUCUUGAAUGAGAGGUACACUUGGAGAACGAUUCAUUACAAUUUACAACGUUCUGGAGAAGAAUCUUCUUCAGAUAGCGAUGGUGACAGCGGACCCGAAGACGUUCCACAUUGUACUUUCACUGCCGAGGAGGAAUGCCAAACUGUAGAGAAAAAGGUUCAGGGUGCGCUCAUGGACAACGCUAAGAGACAAAAUUUUCUUCAGUUACCGAGCAUAAUUGAGGAAUCAACGGCGAUUUCGAAACAAAGAUCUCCGAAAUUAGGUCGGAGUCCUCUUCCACCGCUGUCAGAACGUGGCUUCCCGACUCGUGUUCGACGAAACGCCGAGAGUAACCACGAAAGGCCGACAUUAACACGGCAGCGUCAACGAAGCACGACCCUUCCCGUGGGUCAUAUGUCUGGGGACAGACAAAGAAAGACGGACUUGAAGAAAAUGACGAAACAUGACAAGUUAUUUCAUGGCGAAGGAAAACGAGUGGGUGACGAUAAGUCCAGUCUGAGCAGAACUCAAGACGAUAAUGAAGUGAAGAACACGACUUUGUCGUGGGAGGAUCAGAUGCAUGGCUGUCGGUAUUUAAGAUCGCACAAGAGGAACUCGACAUCUGACAUUCUAGACUUGAAGGAAAUAUUUGACGUAACCUCUGAUAGAUCAACGAGUAAGAAUGAUUAGCGUUAAUUUAUACUGAGCGGAAGGAAGCGUGCGAAAAGACCGUUUAUUGGCCAUACAGACCGCAAUCUAAAACCAAGGAUAAAUUGCCCUUGGAGGGAGUUAAUCAAAGUACAGAGAAUCUUUCAGCUCUACUAUCUUAAUUUCCAACAAGUGCCUAAACAAACAUCAGCUAAGCAAGUUAAGGAAAGAUUAUAUUGUUACUAUCGGUUGACUUUGUUUGCCGCUGAGUGCCUGCUUAGAGACUACAGAGUAUACCAUAGCGCAUGUUAAACCAUCUAAUAAGUGUUAUAAUGAGAUCAUGAUCUCUUGGCUUGAGAUUAUUAUCUCUUGUCUCCUGG